GUCAUGUUCAUAUCCUAAACUUUUAAUAUGAUACGGCACUCCCCACUUUAAGCUCCUAUUUAUAACUCCAAUUCUGCCCCAUUUCUAACCAUCUCACUCACUUCACCUUUUCCAGUUCCAUACGAUAAACCAAAAGCGGAAAAAACAAAGAAAAUAAGGAUGAAUUUUGCAAAGAAAGAUUAUGAAUUUUUAAAGGAGAUUGAUAUUAGCCCGCGUAAUCUAGGGUGUUAUGUGAACGGAAAAUGGAAGGCUAAUGGUCCUGUCAUCUCAACUGUUAAUCCUGCUAAUAAUCAGCCAAUUGCUGAGGUCGUGGAAGGUUCUUUGGAAGAUUAUGAGGAAGGCAUGAAAGCUUGUGCAGAAGCUUCAAAGAUGUGGAUGCAGAUGCCUGCACCAAAGAGAGGUGAAAUUGUUAGACAGAUCGGUGAUGCUUUGAGAGAUAAACUCCAGCAGCUCGGACGGUUGGUGUCACUUGAGAUGGGAAAGAUACUGCCUGAAGGUAUAGGAGAAGUUCAGGAGAUUAUUGAUAUGUGUGACUUUGCUGUGGGGUUAAGCCGACAACUAAAUGGCUCAAUUAUUCCUUCAGAGCGUCCAAAUCAUGCAAUGCUGGAGGUCUGGAAUCCUCUUGGGAUAGUGGGUGUAAUCACAGCAUUCAAUUUUCCAAGUGCUGUUCUUGGUUGGAAUGCUUGCAAUGCACUAGUUUGUGGCAAUUGUGUUGUCUGGAAAGGUGCCCCGACAACUCCUUUGGUCACCAUUGCAAUAACCAAGAUUAUAGCUGGUGUGUUCGAAAAGAAUAAUUUGCCAGGAGCAAUUUUCACCUCCCUUUGCGGCGGGGCUGAAAUUGGUGAAGCAAUUUCAAAAGAUACACGCAUUCAGCUUGUUUCAUUUACAGGAAGUUCGAAGGUUGGACUGAUGGUUCAACAAACUGUGAGUCAAAGAUUUGGAAAAUGCUUGCUUGAAUUGAGUGGAAAUAAUGCCAUAAUUGUCAUGGAUGAUGCUGACAUUAAGCUGGCUGUUCGUUCUGUUGUCUUUGCGGCUGUUGGUACAGCUGGUCAGCGCUGCACAACCUGCCGUAGGCUGCUGCUUCAUGAAAGCGUAUAUGAGAAGGUGAUUGAGCAAUUGCUUGAUGUCUACAAACAAGUGAAGAUAGGGGAUCCCCUUGAGAAUGGUACCUUACUUGGACCAUUGCAUACUAAAACUUCAAGAGAUAACUUUGUCAAGGGAAUUGAGGCCAUAAAGUCCCAGGGAGGUAAAAUCCUUACAGGCGGUUCAGCCAUAGAAUCCGAAGGAAACUUUGUUCAACCCACUAUCGUUGAAAUUUCUCCUGAUGCUGAUAUUGUAAAAGAAGAGCUGUUUGCUCCUGUACUCUAUGUUAUGAAGUUCAAGACUUUUGAAGAAGCAAUAGAAAUAAACAACUCUGUUCCUCAGGGUUUAAGUAGCUCUAUCUUCACUCAGAAACCUGAAGCUAUCUUCAGAUGGAUUGGACCUUCAGGGAGUGACUGUGGCAUUGUGAACGUAAACAUACCGACAAAUGGUGCUGAAAUUGGCGGUGCUUUUGGGGGUGAAAAGGCAACUGGAGGUGGAAGGGAAGCAGGAAGUGACUCUUGGAAACAAUACAUGAGACGUGCAACAUGUACGAUUAAUUAUGGGAGCGAAUUACCGCUUGCACAGGGAAUCAACUUCGGCUAGAUCACAUCCAUCUGAGCCUGCAGGGAAAUGAAGGUGCUUUGCUUAGAGCAUAAUGCAGCUUGGGAAAAUCUAUGUUUAUGUUGAUAGAAUUGUACAUCAAAUCAUCAUUCAACUCUAUUUCCCCAUGUUAAUUAGCGAAAUAAAGAAAUUCUUCAUCUGGCU